AAUAGCACGUAAAAACAAAAAUUACUCUGUUUAUCUAUGAACAACAAAGAAAACGCUACAGCCGAAAACGAUUAUCAGACAUUGCUAAAACAAACAAAAGGAAGGGGAAAAAAGCAUAUUUUUUCCUUUGUUUUUCAGUUCUGUAGUCCUCCUCCCAGAUGGUAAGGGGAGGGAAGGUUGGUCGUAGAAGCAAUUCUAAGAAAAGGGUUAGAUCCAAAGAUGAGUCUUCGGAUGAUUCUGAUGAAGAUUAUGUAGUUUCAGAGGAGGGAAAUGAAGAAUCUGGGGAUGAUGCGGAAGAUUAUAGUUCUUCCUCAGAUGACUGUCCACCGGAAGAGGGUUUUGGGAGUUUUUUCGAUGAUGAGGAAGAGGACAAGGAAGAGAAAGAGCUGAGAAAGGUUGUUAGGUCAAAAGCUAAACGGAUGUCUUCAGCAGGGGAGAGGAAGACUGCGGAUAGAAAAUUGCGAAAGCGAAAAAGUGUAUCAGAUGAAGAAGAGGAAGAUGAGGAUUAUGAUGAUGAUGAUGAUGAGGAGGAGGAGGAGGUCGAGGAAGAAGAUGAUGAUGAUGAUGAUGAGGAAUUCACUUUGGAUGAAGAAGAUUGUUUGGAUGAGGAAGAGGAAUUGACAAUGAAAAAGAAGAAAAUCGACAUGAAAGUUGGUAAGCAAGGUUUGUGGAAAAGGGGUCCUUCUAAACAUAGGAAAAGGAGGAAGGAGACUGCAGUUUCUAAGAAGCCUUUGAGAAAAGGAGGAAGGAAGAAACGCAGAUUGAAAAGGAAAAGGAGAGUUGAAGAAGAUGAUGAUGAUUGUGAUUUUAUAGACAACACUCCAAUUGUGAGAAAAAAGAGCAGAACAAAUAAAGGACGGAGAAAGAAGGCAUAUGUUGUACCAUCAGAUUCAGAUUUUGUGUUAUUUGGAUCUUCUGAUUAUGAGUAUACCAUCUCAGAGGAAGAGAGAGAGCAAGUGAAAGAAGCCAACCAAUUGUGUGGAAGUUUAAAAACUAGGUUGAGGAGUUCAUCAACCUCAAAGAGAAUUCAAGAGGUUGAGGAGUUAGGUCAGCAUAAGAAACCUCCAGGAAGAAAGGGUAAGGAGAAGGUAGAGGAAACAAAUGCUGAACUAAUAAAGCCGGUUUGUGGUAUUUGUCUCUCUGAGGAAGAUAAGCGAAGAUUGAGGGGCACACUAAACUGUUGCAGUCAUUAUUUUUGUUUCACCUGCAUUAUGGAGUGGUCAAAAGUGGAAUCUCGUUGCCCAUUGUGCAAGCAAAGGUUUGAAACAAUCAGUAAGCCUGCAAGAUCAACAGCAGGAGUUGAUUUGAGAGAUGUGGUGAUCCAAGUCCCCAAGCGUGAUCAGGUCUACCAACCAUCUGAGGAAGAACUCAGAAGCUAUCUUGAUCCGUAUGCGAAUGUAAUUUGUUCUGAAUGCCACCAAGGUGGGGAUGAUGAACUCAUGUUACUGUGUGAUCUUUGUGAUUCAUCAGCACACACCUAUUGUGUUGGUCUCAGGCAGGAAGUACCUGAAGGUAAUUGGUACUGUGAUGGUUGCAGGCCCGUUGCUCUUGGGUCCUCUAGUUCCCAAGUUCAAGAUUCUUUGCCAGAUCCAAGGGCAAUAAACAAUUUGUACAAUAGAUUGUCACCCAGCGUAAAUGUAGGAGAAAGUUUAGACUCCAUUGUAGUGCCUUCACCUCAUACACCAUUAACUCCCGGUUUUGUGGGUCUUUCAUCUCCUAGAUUUCCUGUUGUAGAUAUUCCAGCUGCUUCUCCAGCAUCUGGAGUGGGCGUUCCAACUCUAACGGGAAGACGAUGGUUACACCGCCAGAUUCAGAAUCUCCGUUCUGUUAAUAGGAUGAAUCUUAUGGCUGGUAGGACUAAUGGGAUAUCAACUGGCAAUAUGGGCAUUGAUUUUGUAAAUUCUUACAUUGAUCAGAGUAGGGAAACAACUGUUCAACGAGCUAGGACACAAGAUAUGGCAACUUCAUAUCAAACAGUCUUUGAGGAGAGGUUACAGGAUGAUCCCUCUUCGUCACUGCAAAGUAGGGAUUUCUUUUCUUCAAGGUUGGGUCAUUUGAGAAGGCAAGCAGUUCAGGCUUCAACCGCAACAACCUUCAGUACAUCUGUCAAUUUGACGUUAUGGCCUGAACUUGUUGGUAUCGGUUCAAAUGAGCAACUCUGUCAGUGCAGCAAUGGAUCAAACAUUGGGCCUGAUGGUUGUGGCUUGCCUUUUUCUGUUAUAGAUGAGGGUAAUGUUUUGAUGGUGAAGGAACAAUUGCAAACAAUGGUUAGAAGCCAUUUGAAAGCCUUGUCCAACAAUAAUGAUUUUGACAAUGGUACUUGCAAGGACGUAGCAACAAGUUCCAUGCACACCUUAUUGGCUGCAUGUGGGCUUGAGCACAGGAGGAGCGAGGUUCACGUUGUGCCUCCAUCAAAUUGUACACACAUUGAAAGAGUAGCAGCUGGGCAGGCGAGCUUAAUGAAAGGUUGUUGCUUAACUUGUUUCGAUUCUUUUGUAAAAGAUGUAGUGAAGAGGAUCAUGGAUGCAAGAUCCCGGCAGUGGUUAAGUUUAGGUCUUUAGAUCUUUGAUGCAGUGAAUGUAUCUUUCUGCAUUUUGGUUAGGAGUUAGAAACAAAUUUUUUUAGAAAAAAAAAAAAACGAAACAUUUUUUAAGUUGAUUUAGACUUAAAAUUCACUGACAUUGAGCACAAAAAGUGCAGUAUUCUCAUUUGAUCACCAUAAUAGAUUGCAAAAAUUUUCUAGUCUGAUUGCAUGUAAUGCUUAUGUUAUUCUUCCUGCUGUCUCAUCCUUGCCUCUUCCUAUGAAGAAAGAAAGUGUGAAUGUCUUGUCCUCUUGAUUAUUUGUGCUAUAAAGUAUGACAGUAAUGCUACGGGCAUUAACCACUUAGGUUCAAAGGCAUGGGAAGAGUACAACUCUGAUGGACUAUUUCCACACAGAGUUAACCAAUUGCAUUUGUUGUUCGGACAUAAAAGGUUAGAUGUUUGUGAUUAACUAUUUCCUUCUAACUCAAGAAAACUUGUAAACAACACCAUUCUUGCAAAUAAUGUCACACAAAUUAAUAUUAGAUGUAAUAAAAUUAUUACAGUACAAUUAAUCAAUCGUAUUUAUCAUUGGGAUGAUAGCUGUUUUAUGCUACCUUUU